AUGAAUAAAGCUGGAAAGUUGGAAAACAUCAAGGAGGAAAUUAACAGAUUGCACAUCAAUAUCAUGGGCAUAUCUGAGAUGAGAUGGACAGGAGCUGGAGCUAUAUCAUCAGAAAACCAUAAGAUCGUAUACUCAGGAGGCGAACAGCAUGAACGAGGAGUUGGCAUCAUCGCAGACUCGAAAACAUCUAAGGCUUUACUAGGAUACUGGGCCGUUUCUGACCGCAUUCUGUUGGCAAGGUUUAAGGACAUCAGCAUAAUUCAAGCAUAUGCACCCACUACUAAGAGCAGUGACGAAGACAUAGACAGAUUUUAUGCCCAGUUAGAUCAGGCAUACUCGCAGUGCAAAUCCCAGGAUACCAUCAUUGUUAUGGGGGAUUUCAAUGCUAAAGUUGGUAACGAGAGGGUAGACAACAUCGUGGGUCCUCAUGGACUCGGAAGCCGUAAUGAAAGAGGGGAGAUGCUGGUGGAUUGGGCGCAAACGAACAACAUGAUAAUUGGAAACACCUGGUUUAAGCAACCUCCAAGAAGACUGUGGACAUGGUUGAGUCCGGAUGACCACACCCAGAAUCAGAUUGAUUACAUUCUUGUUAAUAAACGCUUUCGUAACUCUCUUUUGGCAUCCAAAACGUUACCAGGAGCAGACUGUUACAGCGAUCAUGUUCCAGUGAUGGGUCGAUUUAGGACCAAGAUGAGAACACUAAAGAAACCUACCCUAAGGGAACAACUAAAUGUAUCAUUACUCCAGAAAGAUAACACUAUAAAGGAGAAGUACGCUGUAGAGGUAAAGAACAGGUUCAGUGCUUUAGAGAAUCUUGAUUCCAUCGAGGAUCAUUGGAAGGGCUUGAAAGCUUCGAUCAUGGAUACAGCAAACGAAGUGCUACCAAGGGUAGGAAGAACAACAAAGAAGAAAUGGAUGGCAGAUGAAAUAUUGCUUCUUAUGGAGAGAAGGAGAGCUUCUAAGAACAACAAAGAAGCUUAUCAACAUCUAAACAAGCAGAUUACCAUCAAAUGCAAUGAAGCAAAAGAAGCUUGGCUUACUGAAAAAUGCAAAGAGGUUGAGAAACAUCAUUACUCUGAUUCAAGAGCCAUGCAUAAAAAGAUCCGUGAAAUUACCAACAAGAAGACUCAAUCAUCAUCAGGAUGUCUUAAAUCAAAGACGGGGGCAUCAUCAUGGAACGUGACAAGAACCUGGAGAGGUGGUCAGAAUACUUGA